AGCCAACAUGAAUUUAGAAAAUCUCAGUAAGCCGGAAUUGUUGAUGUUCUUCAGUGUGCUUGAGGGCGAACUGGAAGCACGAGACGUUGUGAUUGAAGCAUUACAGGCACAGCACAGAGACCAUUUCAUUCAAGAACGCUAUGGAAAAUAUGACAUCAGUGACCCAUUCCUGGCUCUGCAGAGGGACUGUGAGACGAUCCGGGAGGCGUAUCGUGGUGAGAAACAGCCGGUGUGCACCAACCCACUGUCUGUACUCAAAGUGGUGAUGACCCAGUGCAAGAAGAUGCAGGAGCGGAUGGUAUCCCAGCUAUCUGCUGCAGAGAGUAGACACAGAAAGGUUAUCCUGGACCUGGAAGAGGAAAGGCGACGACAUGCCCAGGACACGGCAGAGGGAGAUGAUGUGACUUACAUGUUGGAGAAGGAACGGGAGCGGCUCACACAACAGCUGGAGUUUGAGAAAUCGCAGGUGAAGAAGGUAGAAAAGGAACAGAAGAAGGUCUCCUCGCAGCUGGAGGAGGAACGAUCACGGCACAAACAGGUUACCGCGGUGCUGAUGAAAGAGUGCAAGAAAGCAACCAAUAAGGCAGCAGAAGAGGGGCAAAGAGCAGCCGAGAUGAGCGCAAAGCUGGAGAAGGAGAAAAGCAAGAGCACUCGGCUGGAAGAGGAACUGGCGGCUGAGAUCCGGAGAGGCUCGGGGAGGGAAGCCCAGAUGGAAAAGCAGCUCUCGGAAUUUGACACUGAAAAAGAGCAGCUCCGAGCAAAGCUGAACCGGGAAGAAAACCGAACACAAGCCCUGAAAGAAGAGGUUGAAAACUUGAAGAAACUUAUUGAAGACAUGAAGAACGGAAAGCUGUUUCCGAAUGAGCCGGAACAGGACGAAGCAAGUGAGGUAACUAGUCUGCCGCAACACUUAGGGUCUGAUAAAUGUCCAUUGGUUUCCUCGUUGUGUCAAACCGAGAGCACUUGUGCUGAACGGUCGAACGAAAGUGACGAGAGCAAGGCUGUGUCGUCAAACCCAACUGCAGUUUUUCCACGGCACGCCAAGACCAACGGGCAUUGCAGUACAGCCCUGGUUAAAAACGGUGCGGAUGAAUCUUCUGACGGUUGUGAAAUGGAUAGUCUUCUCUCAACUGAAGAUAAGGCAGGUUUUCCUUCUGAUCAGGGGAGCAUUGUCGAGAAUGGAGGUUAUGCCAACAACAGUGCGACCGCACAUUCUAGUGCAUCUCCCAGUGGAAUGCCCCUUUCUCCAAACGCCGCAAUCAACUCCCCUUCCGCCACAUCCUCAGGUUCCGGGUCGCCGUGCUCUUCACCGGUGUUAACGAAGCGCGUGGCCAGCCCGGGAACGUCCGGCUCGGCUUUCCACUCCUCCUACCAAGCAGGGUUGAACCAGAGAUUUCACGCUGCUCGCUUCAAGUUCCAAGCCCAGGCCGAGCAUGAUCAGCAGAUGGGGGGCUUACAGAGCCCUCCGGCAAGGGAUCUGUCGCCCACUACAGUCGACGGUUCUACUGCCAAGCAGUUGGCCCGUAAUACUGUCACCCAAGUCCUCUCUAGGUUCACGAGUCAACCGGGUGCUCUUAAAACUGCAAACAACUCCCCCUUUGGUACUGAUUAUCGACAGUUGGGCACUUCCCCUAAAACACCGACUGGGGAUCACAGUCAUUCUCCAACCUCCAGCAAAGGUUCCAGUCCACAAAGUCCAUUGACACCCGGGAUCAAAUCACCAACGAUCUCGAGAGCAGAGAGAGGAACUCCUCCACCAAUCCCGCCAAAAAAGCCGGGGCUUGCCCAAUCACCGGCAUCGCCACACCCACUGGGAAGGCCAACCACCGAUGGAGGACAUUCCCAAGUUGGGCAGAUACCCAAGAGUGAGUCGAGUGCUUCUAUUCAGUCUCAGCGUUCACUCUUCAACUCGCGCGAAACAGGGGUUCAAGAGGAACUUCCAUCCAAGCCCUGCCUGGACCACAAUGUAGGGAGAGGCUCCGGGGAAGGGGACGGAGGCCCAAAUCGUGUAGUUCUAGUUGGGACCCCAUCCAACGAAACCAAUCCCACAAGCUGCAUGAAGCUUUCAUCAGUUUCCAAGGAUGUGUGUAACGCCACACUGGACCUCUCAACCCCCUGUGGCAUGAAUAGUGCUCUGAUCACACCAUCUGCUAAAGAGAUUGAUAUACUACUACCAACCAGUAGUUAAUCCACAUAGAAAUCAAAUGUGAGUUUUUUUUUUUCCUUUUGAUUUUUUAGAUUCGAGACACAUGAAGCAUUUUUGAACCGAUCGGAUCAAAGAUAGUUAUUUAUUAUGUAGCUUUAUAUUGCAUUUUGUACUUGUACAAUAUUCACUUUAGUGAACUGUAUAUCCUCGACUUGUUAAUCUGUUUUAGGUUCCUAGAUGUUUCUGUUGAAGCCAACUCUACUACAUUUGAUGCUUAAUACUAUUUUGUUGUGAUUAACCCAUAACUUGUGGCGUAACCACUUUGUAAGACUGAUGGGUCGUGCAUGGAGUUAGUUGAUGAUGAAAAGUUGCUGCAGGUUUUGUGAGCGUUUGUGACUUAUUUUCUGGGCCCCACAUCUCACAACCGGUUCUGUGGAGUGGAGUGUUCCUGUACUGUGAAAUCCGCAUCUGACAAUCGCGGGCUUGAGCCUCACCAGAUGGAUAGUAGGUACAAGAAACUCACUGCGAGCUUCCCGCUGGGCAAAGUACUUCACAGCUGGAAUUCACCAUCAUCUACAGCGACGAUGUUCUGAAGACAACCGUGUUUUUUGUAAGCGUAUAAGUCCCGGCCGUAGAAUAGAACAACUGAAGUAUCAAAAAGACCCGAGUAAUAUUCUCUCUUGAUAUGAUUGAUGGUUCAUAAGCAUCAGUGGUCAGCACAAUAUCCUUGUUAUCAAGUAAAUGUAAUGUUCAUGGUGGUAGGACCAUUCUCCAUAGCUUGGCUUGUGUUCAGUUGCAGGCAUUAGUAUGCGGAGCGGAAAAAGCAAGGCGUAGAAGAGCCGGCAUUAUUUAUGUAUAAAGCUAUAGGACCCCGGGGAGAGUUUGUAAAAAAUUAUGCUGCCUGUGUCAAUGGCAAAGUGUUUAUUAUACAGCUGGGAGCCAGGCUAUUGAAGCAACUUGUGCCCUGCAGUUUAUGGCUUCUCAUAUUCCUUCGAUUUGUUUCUCAGCUGCUAAAGUUGUACGUUGAGACAUAAGAAGGUUCUAUUUUGAUAUUGCCGGGAGGGCAGAAACUCCAAAUGCUAUUUUGCUGGUAGUCUUGUCCUGCGAUUUAUCCAACCUAAUGAUCGACGCGAUGUUCUAUCCCAUUCGAUUUCAGCUCGAAUUCAAUUCGAAGUGUAGGCUAUUUCAGUUUAGUGCUUUGUGCCUGUGUCUCAUGGGUUUCCAUGCAGGGUGCAAGCUUGCUCAAGGCAGUGACUAAAAACCUGUUGAAAAAAUCCCCAACUAAAGAUGUAUAAAGCUGUGACAGCUUGUCUGUACAUCAGCUAUUUUAUAACUAAUCUGCCACUUUAUUCUGAACUGUUACUUAGCAAUAAUGCAUGCGCAAUUCAGUGGCAAUUCAAUUAUUCCACACAAGUGAGUACCUCAAAAAUAAAACCUAACCAGCCAGUGGAUAGAAAUUAACGGAAAUAAUAAUAAUAAUCCUUGCAUUUGAUAU